GGAUUUCUUGCGCGUUAGUCCCUUCGGAAGUCAGGAUCGUGAGAAGGAGGCUCGGGAAAUGGGGUGGGCGCACCCGGCGGUGACCAUGGAGGAGGUGCUCCGUCUGGUGCGGGGUUUCGUCGACGUCCUUGUCCUUGCCGGCGGCCGCACCUCGUCCGGCGCCGCUGCUACUUGGAGCGCCGACGAGAUCAAGAAGGCCCUCCGGUGGGCGCUCUUCUUCGAGGAGAUUUUCAAGGACCUGCUCGACUCGGGCCAGUACGAGGAUUCUGCAAGAGAACUCGAUGCGGCACUCCUUGAGCUCACUUCAAGUCCCGAGUUCCCUAAGGGUCUUGCUGCUGUACGUUCAGAUUUGCUAUCCAUGGCAAGGGUGUUGGUUAUGCGACAUUUUCUGAAACCAAACACAAUGAGCGUGGAAAACUUUUGUGCUCUUCUUGAAGCGGUUGCUGGCAUGGAUAUUGAUGGCAUUUGUGCUAGUGGUGCGCACAACGCAUGCCAAGAGUAUGCUGAGUCAAUAUUGAAUAUGAAUACAUCAUGUUUUGCGCAGACCAUGAAUGCUUGUGAUGGUGGACUUCCCACUAGUUCUUAUGAUCUGCGGGCUGAAUCCACGGGCCAUUCAUGGAUUAUAGUUAAAGAAUUUCAGAAGACGCUGGAUUCGGCAUCGUGUGGACGGUUGGCUGAUAGAGGACUGGAAACGUUUUUGAACAGUGUGAAAAGGAACAUCUUGGAAAAUGGUAGUAAUAAGCCUUGUGUCCCAGCAAUUCCGAAAACAUCGCAAAUGAUCGACGAGUUUCUAAUGUGGAAGCAAUGGAGAGCAAAGUGUUUGUCAUAUUUGCUUGAUCAACGGACCAUUCGAGUUCUGUCUGGAGCUAGUUUGAUUUUUAAAGCUCCUAAAGAGCAGUGGAUGAAAGUGUUUGAGCCCUUAAAAAGUAUAGAAGAAACAUGUCAUAGUGGUCUUGUUGAAACCAUGGAGCUAUGCUUGCUGGGUUCGAUUACAAGGCGAUGGAACACAUUGAUAGAGGGCUUCAUGUCACACACUUUCUGUUCCAUUCCUAUAUCCAAGAAGCACGCUGAUCUGCACCAGUGCCUUCACAGAACCUUUCAGGACAAAUUCCAAGACGAAUAUCUUAAUUUGGAGGUUUUUCAUAUUUUGGUCUUAUAUCAUGUUCAUAGUUUGCGAAGUAUUCUGUACGUUAGAAACUUUAACUCGGUGUGAAAUUUUUGAAAUGUGGGGAUUGUACCCCUCUCAACCAAGUAGGUAUCCGUACAUCUUAACUCUUAAGAAUAAAUUCAGGAAGGUUUUCACCUAAAUACUGAACACUGAUUGUGUCUUCGUGCAAACUAUCAAUGGUGUUUCUGUGAAUCCUCAAUGUACUUAUGUAACUAAAAUAUAUCGAGGGCCUACGAUCAAACUUCUCUGCCAGAACUUGUAAUGGGCUGUAUACCAAAUCAGGUCUUCGGUGCACUUGCUGUAACUGUGUUUACACAUGUGAGUAUGUGACAGGAAACUGACACAAAACUAUUUUUUGUUGAAAGCUGCUAAUGCUCAGUCCUUAGUCUACAUUCAAAAAUGGUAAAUAACAUUAUUAAAACCAAUUACUUGUCAUACUACCUUGGUCUAGUUUGAUUUACAAGUGAUGCUCGACCAAUUUAAACAAUACUUGAGUCAGUGAACUGUAAGUUCCAAAGAAAAUUUCGUAGAUUAAAGGUCCAACAUAGUGUCUACUGUCUAUUUUUUAUCAGUAAGCGGUCCAAAACCUACCAGGAUUCAUGGGCCAGUGGAAGGCUCCUACUUGAUUAGAUAUAUUAUAAACGAAUUAAUGAUUUCAGAAAAUAAAUAUUAGCAUAGAAAGGUUAGGAACUUGCAUGAUAGUUCUAAGUAGUAAUGAUUAGCAUGCCUUUCAGAGACCUCUCAGGAAAUAAAUUGCAUAACGGACCUGUCACAACUCACAAUAACAAUUGUUAGCAAGACGGCAUAUAUUUUAGAAUCUUGGUAUCUACGAUGUUUCGUUUUCUCACACCUCACGAAAUAAUGUAUCUUCAUCUAAAGCUUCGAACUACAGGAAAAGGAUAUUCUUGACUAUGCAAGACAGACAUUAGAGAGGAAACCAUCCGUACUAUGGCUUCUACCUCCAGUUCUUACCGCCGCAGCAAUUCCACCGCAGUCAAGCUUGUUCCAGAUAUACCUAGCUCAAAUCGAUAAGCAAAUUCAUGAAGCUGCUCCUGCAGAUCGAAAGUGUAGUUGCAGAGGAGAUGAAAUAGAUCGGCAUGUUAACUGUGAGAUUACUGAAAGGAUUCAAUGUCUAUAUGCAUUCCUUAUUCAGCAACUUUCAUAUAACGGUUCCACAAGAUUACACUGAAUGUUAGCAGUGUGCACUGUAUGACGUUUCACUUUUAAUUGAGUGACUGGCCGACUAUGCAUGGCUUCCUUGGCCAUAUUACUUUUCAUUUAACGUUUGUCACUGGUGGGGGGGAAAAAAAAGUGACUGGUUCUCCCAGCUGACUGCACAUAUACAUUGGCUGAACCUGGGACAGCAGAAAAUGGAUUGAGUACGUAAGCCUUUUGGCAUCCUGGGAACAGUUGAACUGAAAGAGAGAUUGAUUAUGGAUGUUGCAUGACCUGGAGAUUGACUCCUCUUUUUUUGUCUCCAAGGGCUGUGGAUGUCCAGGAAGGGCAGCGACGCCCGCCCUCAAGGUGUUGGAUGAAAUGGUGCACGCUUAUGGGAGGGUGACACUGAGCAGUCCUUCUGGUUGAGAAGAUGAAAGACAUCUGCAAAAAAUCUUCCGGCAUGAGACAACUACACAGACUUUGGCCAGCUUCUGAUUCGAUAGUGAUUGCAAAUGUUGAUAUCUUCAGCUAGCUGGCUAUAAUUAUGUGCACACUUGAAAGUCAAUCUAAAUUUAUUUUGAGCCCCA